AUGUCUGCAUCAGUCAUACCCAAACUCUUUCAACCUGUGAUCGUUGGGAAACAUGCCUUGUCGCAUCGCAUUGUACUGGCGCCUCUCACACGAUUUCGCGCGAACAAGGAGCACGUCCCGAGCGAGUACGCAACCGAGUAUUACGCCCAACGUGCAGUCGUUCCUGGCACACUCCUCAUUACCGAGGCUACAUUCAUCUCUCCCUUUGCUGGCGGACUCAACAGUGUACCCGGGAUCUGGAAUGACGCUCAAGUCAACGCAUGGAAACCGAUCACGGACGCUGUGCACGAGAAGGGUUCCCGAAUCUUUUGCCAGCUUUGGGCGUUGGGUCGCGGUGCGAACCCCGAAGUCCUAGAUGCUGAAGGGCUUCCCUAUGUCAGCGCAUCGGAUGUCAAGCUGUCAACCGCUACUAGAACACCGCGAGCUGUGACUACUCAAGAGCUAAAAGAAUAUGUCGAAGCCUACACGAAGGCGGCUGUGAAUGCAGUCCGCGCCGGCUUCGACGGAAUCGAGCUCCACGGUGCUAAUGGCUACUUCAUCGAUCAGUUCCUACAAGAUGUCAGUAACAAGCGAACGGAUGAGUAUGGCGGGUCCAUCGAAAACCGUUGCCGCUUCCCGCUCGAAGUCAUCGAGAGCGUCUCGAAGGCGAUUGGCGCCGAGAAGACCGCCAUCCGGCUGAGUCCAUGGGGCGAUGUCCAGGAUAUGCGCAUGGACGAUCCGAAGCCUACGUUUGCGUAUUUCGUGUCCCAGCUUGCGCAGAAGUACCCAGACCUCGCUUAUAUCCACGUCGUCGAGCCGCGCGUCAGCGGGUUCAAGUCUCGUGAAGUUCAACCUGGAGAGUCUAAUGACUUCUUGCGAUCGAUCUGGAACCCUCGACCAUUCAUCAGCGCAGGUGGUCAUACGAGAGAUAGUGCCUUCGAGUUCGCGGAAAGCAAUGAUGACCUCAUUGCCUUUGGUAGACUGUACAUCUCGAAUCCCGAUUUGCCACUCCGCAUCGCAAGGAACCUGCCACUCAACCAGGGUAAUCGUGAUACCUACUACGUCCCUGGGCCUGCUGGCUACAUCGACUACCCAUUUGCUGAGGAUGCGUUUGCCAAGCUUUGA